UUUAAAAAUACGUGUUUUCUUUCAAUUAGGUGUGAAAUACUUUUGUUUAUGAGAGGAAUUUUGUAUGUGUUUGGUUAUUAAAGAAUUAGUGACACCACUCUCAAGAUGCAGAGAAAUGUGGAUAAGCAUGGACAUCAGAAGCCCCGGAGACCUAUGAUGAUGGGAGAUUUUCAGACCCGAAACCUCCAGCCGAAGAAGAACCCGAUUAGUGAUGAUUAUCGCAUUACGGGGAGUGUAUUGGGUUUGGGUAUCAAUGGGAAAGUUGUGGAAUGUUUCAGCAAGACGACCAAUAGGAAAUGUGCUCUGAAGGUUUUGAGGGACAUCCCCAAAGCACGGCGAGAGGUUGAUCUACACUGGAGAGCGUCAGGAUGUCGACACAUCGUCGCCAUAUUGGAUGUGUACGAGAACGUCUACAGCGGUCAAAAGUGUCUCCUGGUUGUAAUGGAAUGCAUGGAAGGGGGUGAGCUGUUCAACAGAAUUCAAGAGCGAGCAGAUUCUGCGUUCACAGAAAGAGAGGCAGCAUCAGUAAUCACAGAUAUUGCCAAAGCCAUCCACUAUCUUCACUCUGUCAACAUAGCCCACAGAGACUUGAAGCCGGAGAAUCUUCUGUAUACAAAGAAAGGCCCAGAUGGGGUCCUGAAACUGACAGACUUUGGGUUCGCCAAAGAGAUCCACACGAUAAAAAGUCUACAGACGCCCUGUUAUACCCCAUACUAUGUGGCACCUGAGGUUCUGGGUCCAGAGAAGUACGACAGAUCCUGUGAUAUGUGGUCGCUAGGUGUUAUAAUGUAUAUAUUGUUAUGUGGAUACCCACCAUUCUAUAGUAAUCACGGGGCAGCUAUUUCACCGGGAAUGAAGAAACGAAUUAGGAAUGGACAAUACGAGUUCCCCAAUCCAGAGUGGAGCAAAGUAUCAAAAGAUGCAAAAGAUUUAAUUAGAGGACUACUUAAAACUGUGCCAGAGGAAAGGUUGUCUAUAGAAGAUGUAAUGAGAAACAAAUGGGUUGCGGACAACACAAUCGUUCCCGCGACACCUCUGUUUUCUGCAAAAAUUUUACAAGAAGAUAAAGACAUGUGGCUUGAUGUCCAGGAGGAAAUGACAAACGCACUGGCGACCAUGCGAGUGGACUACGAACAGUGUCAAAUCAAGAAUCUAGAGGACUCGGAUAACCCAAUACUGAAAAAACGCAGGCAGCAAAAACAGGAAGGGGACCAGCCCAUGGAAUUCAAAUCAUAGAUCAGCAGCAAAUCAAAUCAACUCAUCUGACUGGUUAAUAAUCAAGUUGAAUCAUGUGACUAUAAAUAGAUCCAGGAGACAUUCCAUUCAUACCCUCUAUACAUGUGUUUUACUCAAUGUUGUUUAUACCGAUGCAUUUCACAAUUUGGCCCAAGUUCUGGUGGCUAUUUAUUUUUUACCGGUUGAUUUUUGUGCGACAUUCAUUUGGAUUUUUUUCCUGCCACCUUUCUUGAUCGUUCUACUCUUUCAAUAAAUCUAACAGCAGGGUUUGUUGCAUUAAACAUCUUGCAUUUAAAACUUUUGCACAGAAGAAUUUUUUAUCAGAGUAUUGAAUAUCAGGUAAAAGUUACAAAUUUUCUGUUUUCUUAUGCUCAUUUUGUGAACCGGUACCUAAGAACAAUCAACAGGAGAAACAAAAAGAUUUUAGUCUUCUCUGAUAUCAAUUAAAUGUGCAUGUAUUUAUCAAUGUUUAUAGACAAGUUUUAUUUUUUUGUCCAAUAGCAACUUUCUUGAUUUUUAUGAAAUUUUAUUUUUGCAGCAGGCUUUAACAGCCUGAGACAUGAAGUACCAUGUAUAUGUGUGUUAUAUUUCUUAGUGUCAGCCAUUGAUCAUUAAGUUUUACUGAACUCAGUUCUAAUGAAUGUUAUAAACAUUUUCCCUCUAUCUUCCCCGCUUCUGUUUAGGAGAAACAAUGUUGGUUUAUACAUGUAUAUUUUGUGAAUUUUAUACAGGAAUUAAAUUCCAACAACUUUUCAACAUACAUGUUCCAAAGUCAAUCUAACUGGUAUUAAUUAAAAGAAAUUAACAUUAAAUUAUUGUAGCUUUCAACUUUUUUUUUCUCAGUGAUAAUAUUGAAACUGUAAAAACAAGAGUUUACUUAAUAAGCAUAUACUUUUAUUAUAACAAUUUGUGAAUCAUAUCGAUGUUAAGUUUUCCAUAUUAAUUUUGUGAAUGUGUGAUAAACAUAGAAUGAACAGUGUGCAUUCUGUAUUGAAGAGUAUGUAUUCAUAUACAAUAUACAUUAUAGAGAAGAAUUGACGUGUAGUGGACUUUUUCUUGACGACAUUUCUGACAUUUUUUUUAUGUAGCUUUUUUGAUCAUCAAAUCAUGCGAGGAUUCUAUGUACACUUUGUAUAUUUUUUUUUUUUAUCCAUUGUGUUGUGUUGUAUAUUAUUCGUAUUUUCAUUAUAAGUUGGUUAAUACAAUCCCUAUGAAGUUUAUUCUUUAAUUUUAAACAGUUGACGUAUGUAGGUGGGGGGGGGGGGGGGGGGGGGGACUUGUUAGAAAUGUUUCAUGUACCGAUACAUGUAUUUGUCCUAUGAAGCGUCAUCCACUUUUAUAAAUGUAAAUGGCGAUAAAAAAAAAAUUUCCGAACUCAAACUUUGUGUACACUGUAUUGUGUGAUAUUUAGUAUUGUGUACAAGUUACAAAUAUGAAGUAUAUUUUGUUGAAUAUAAACACUGACGAUUUUUGUUUAAUAGUGCUUCUAUCUGAUAAUUUCACAAGUGCCUUCCCUACUUCAAAACUGGAAAAGAGUUAAAAACCAUGGAAUUUAUUUAAAUGUACAUGUGCAUGAAUUUCAUGCAAAAUUAAAUCUUAGAUUUUGUUCUCUAUCAUUAAGACUGUAUACAAUGAAACUGAAAUAAAAUACUGAUUGAAAUUACUAGUAUCAUGUAUUUUAUGUAAUUUUUUUAAAGGGAGAAGAGAACAAAAAAAUAUUUUCAAAGUGAAGUACUUUAUACAUUAAAGUGUAAAAUUAUUAAUAAAAUUAUAUAUGAUAACCCAAGAAAAGUUAAUUGAGAUUUAAACAGUUUGUUUCCAAUUAGAUUUUACAAUUACUGGUUCUUAGUAUCUUAUUUCAUGUAAAUAUUAGACAAAUUGUUAAUUAAUGGAUAUGAAAAGACCUGUAUGUUAAACUAUGCACAUGUUUAGAACAUCAGGUAGCCAUCUAUUAAGAUUUUAUUUUAAAGUUUAGCAACUUUUUAUUUUCGGUUUGUAGUUGAUAUGAUAAUUUUAUGUGCUUCUUUUGUAAACAUAUCACAAUUUUGCGCAGUGUGAAUCAUAUAUAAACAGGUACAUAUGUACAUGUAUUUCACUCAAUCGAAGAGUACUGGUUCUGAUUAACAAACCAAUAUUUGUACAUAGAGCUGAAGUUUUGUAUCAUGAUGAACAAGAUUUUUUUUUUUGUCUUGUCUCAAUGAAGUCUAGCUCUGAACAAAGAAUUUACUAGAUUUUAUAUCACAUGCAAUCAGCUGUACAUGUUGCAAGCCCCAAAAAAUGUUUUCAACACAAAUUAAAAUUAACUUCCAAAGAAUUUUUUUAUUGUUUGAAUGAAAUUUCUACAAUAAUUAUAAAUUAAGAACUUUGUAACUGUGUUUUUUUUAUUUGCAUGAAUUCAAAUUUGUUCUGUACCCUUGUCAAACAUUUGUUGAUGUUGAAUGUUAUGUAUCAGUUUUCAUUCUUUUUUUCAGUCACUUCAUUUCACUUAUCAUAUCACUCACAAAUAAAUGACGUGUACAAAUGAUUAUAAUGUAGAGAUAUAAAAUUUAAAAAAAAAAAAAUUUUUGUUGGAAAAAUACCUGGCAAUGAGCGUUAUGAAUAUACAAAUGUAGUAAGAUCAAUUUCAGGUCUAGACUUGGUUGUCAGAAAGUGCAGUUGUUUAUUUGUUCUUAAACAUGAAAUGGAUUAAAAUUGGUUAUCUUGUGUGUAUUUAUGUGUAUUGCAAUAAAAACAUCCACUGAAAACCCAAAUUUUUCAACCAUGUUUAAAAAGGUGUACAUUGAAUACUCUGUCUUAACAGAAUUUAAACAUUGUGUUUUAGUGUAUGUGUUUAUUGCAAUACAAAGAAAUAAAUUUAGAUAACGAAUUUUAAUUAUUUUUUUUUUGGAAACAAAUGAUAAGCAACUGCACUUUCUGACAACCCAGCCUAUACAAGAUCAAUUUCAGAACCUUUGAUACUAUGAAUGUAUAACUGUUCAACUGGUCCAAAUGUUGGCCCAUGUUGUUUAGCAAGUGAAAUGAUUACAUGUUUUUUUCAUUUCGUUUUCAAUGAUGCAGGUAAAAACUUCAAUUUGUAGAAUUCAUUAACAAGGAAAUUGUUUCUGUAAUCCUGAAAUUAUAUUUUUUUUGUUUCUUGAAGUCAAUGUUACAUCUUUGUUAUUUUUUGAAUUUUGUUUCUUGUAGAGAAUCACAUCUGUUGGAGAAUGUUGAUUACAUUGCUGUAAAUUAUGAGUUCUUUCUUUUGAAAAAAAAAAUACCGAGACGAAAAUAAAAUUACCUAUAAUUUACAGAAA